AUUAUUUGUAGGCAAAAAUUAGAAACAGAGGAAAACUAGGAGAUGAAUGCCAACUAUGUCAACUGUCAAGAGUCUUUUAGACCUGUCCUAUAACAUAUCCACUCUUGGCCAAGCAAAUGGAACCUCUCCUUCACUCUACAAUCCAUUGCACACCUUGCCUUCCUUCACUCAUCACUAAUCUCUCUCCUUCUCUUUCUCUUUCUCUUUCUUUGACUGCCUUGUCUUUAAAUUAAAGGGCCUUUUUUAAAAAAAAAAUUAUUUAUUGCCAUUUGAAUUCGAAUGAGAGAAGAUUAACAAUAAUAACAAAGGAGGGAGAAAAAAAACAGUAGUCACAAGUAAGUUACCGAGUCUUUGCUUGUGACUUGGAAUUUCGUUUCUUUCUUUGGAGAGGAAGGCCGACGAGAGAACCAUGCAGCAUUUACCAGUUAAAAGCAACCUUCUUGAUUCAGGUUCGGAGACGACCAAAUUCGGCUUCGGUGGUUACGAGCAGCUCCUUUGCCCCAAACCUCGCCGUGUCGGACCCGUCGUUCCCGAGUUUCUCAAGCCCCUCAGAUGUACCAAACACAGCGAACACAACACUGAUGGGAGAAGUGGAGUUCUGAACAUAAUUGCUGAGACGACCAAUGAUGGAAGAGAAUCGGCAUGCACGGGGUGUUCCCCAUCUUGCUAUGCAGGGUCACCCCCAGGCAGAACAGGCAACCCUCUGGUUCAUGACGUCAACUUCAUUCACCAGAUGGAGCUUCUUUCACCUUUCACCAGAACCAAGCUUUCAGAUAAAUUUGGCAUCACCUCUGCCUCUCCUGUUUGAGACCAUUCAUGUCAAAUUUGUCCACUGCACCAUCAGAAACUAGUCUUUUUCUGGGAUUUUUUUGGUAGCUUAACAUUUUAGUACCACUAUGUCUUUUUAUUAUUAUUUUCUGUUGUAAAUAUUAUGAGUUGAAAUGGACUGGGGUGUCUCUUGUACAUAAAAAGCCAAAAGGGUUUCUUAAUUGUUUUCAAGUUGGAUUUCCUUCAAUGAAGUU